GGACUCACAGCAGGAGCGUGACAGCAGGCGAUGACCAUCAUGAGACCGGAACCAGGAGAUGUCCCCCGGCUGGACCUGGGCAAGAAGGUCAGCACACCGCAGGACGUGAUGAUAGAGGAGCUGUCCCUGCGGACAAACCGGGGCUCCCAGCUCUUCCAGCAGAGGCAGAGGAGGAUGCAGCGCUUCAUCUUCGAGUAUCCCAGUGGCUACAGGAAGCUUUCAGGUGCAGGGGCAGGAGAAUCACAUGGUGUGGAGAGAGGCUACGUGGAGGGAGCAGCAAACCAGUGGUCGGUGAGUGACAGCACUGAGGGACAGCAGAGGUACCACUCUGAGCUCCAUGUUGCGGCAUCAGCCCGAGGGGGCCCUCCUGAAGUGCCCAAGAAGACAGAAAGAGUCUUGCAUAUGAGCAAAGUCCUCAACCCAGAUGCUCUGGCUCCAGGCUACUCUGGUCCCCUCAAAGAAGUCCCCCCUGAGAAGUUUAACAUCACUGCCAUCCCCAAGGGCUACCGCUCCCCAUGGCAGGAAUUCCUUGACGAGAAGGACUACCCUGUAGAGAGUGAGAACCACCUGCUUAUGAAACCUACUCAUGGGGAUUUCAGAAGCUUCAACAGGACUCCCACGCCGUUUGACAGAGCACAGGUCAGCGACACGUUCACUCUGCCUCUGAUGGAGUUUGAUAACCUGAGCACUCUGGAGCUGAUUUCCCACAGACCCAGCUUCAACAGAGCACCACAAGGUUGGGUGCGAAUUCUACCAGAGAGUGAAGAGCUGUAA